UAAUCACCAAUUCAGAAACGAAAAAAUAAGUUUCGUAUAAUAUAUACCAAUGUACUGACAUGGUAUUAAGUAUUUUGUUUUUAUCUCUAGUAUUGUCCAUACUGGAUAGCCAAGAGUUUCCUAACAGCGGCAAAAGUCCCGUCACCGGAUUGUACGUAGCUAUUGGAAUAUUAUCAACACUUCUCAUCGUAACCGUCACAGUUCUAGUAUAUAAAUUCCGAAAACAGAGACAGCAACCCUCUCUAAGGCAUGACAAUAACCCGCCACAAAACUGUGUUAAUCAUAUAGAAAUGGAGGAAACACACGAUUACGAUAAACUAGGCGUCAGGGAUAUGGAUGAGUACCAAGAACUACCACCCAUUGUUGCUGAGCAACCUCCACAGGAGAGAUAUGCGUCAUACUCAAACUACAUUAAUUCUACACUACGAUAGAAAGGGAAUUGCAUGUAUAACAUACACGUACCCCCAACAAGAAUACAACUACAAUCUUGAAUCAUAUAUACCUGAUAUUUUUUUAACUAUUACAUUCUUAUCUCUGGAUAUGACAUAUCAUUAUCCUCCGGUGUUUUCAUUUGUUUAACAGUGAAUCAUGGGAGUUAUA